AUGGCGACGAGCAGAGUCUACGUUCACUACCACCACGCCGAUGCCUGUAGUAAAGCUCGCUGGAACGCCAGAGAGACCUUCAAGUUUAUGUAUGAUAGGCCUUGGAAGCAUGUCAUUGAUUUCUACUCAAAUGUAGUGGAAGGGAAACUAUCAGUGCUGAAUUUGUUUGAGCCCAAAAAAUCUUUGUUGGUCAAUGAUGAUGGGAAAACCGAAAGGAAGCCUAUUGAAACUGAAUUGGAGACUUGUACUCGGAAAGACGGGAGGAUGGGGAGGUGGGAAAGAGUAAAUUUCAAGAUAGUUCUUUCUUACAAUGGGUCUUCUUUUGAUGGAUGGCAGAAACAACCUGACCUACACACGGUUCAGAGUGUAGUAGAGAAGUCUCUCGGGGGAUUUGUUGAUGAUAGGAAAGCCCAACUGCUCAAGAAAAAAUGUAAACCAUUAGAAGGCCGUGUACUUGUUGCUGGAAGAACCGACAAAGGAGUGUCUGCUCUUCAUCAAGUUUGUUCUUUCUAUACCUGGAGAAAAGACAUUGAACCCGUUGAAAUUGAAGAUGCUAUCAAUAAAGAUGCAUCUGGGAAACUUAGGGUUGUGUCAAUCUCUAAGGUUUCCAGAGCAUUUCACCCAAAUUUCUCUGCAAAAUGGAGGCGCUACUUGUAUAUCUUUCCCUUGGAUAAUGCUGAGCCAUUGUGCGAGAAUGGCAAGAAUCAUGAAAACUUAAUCUUUGAUGAGAACCUUGAAAAGCAAACAGAGGGGCUCUUAAGUGAAGAGAAUACAGGGGUAAUAUUGAGUGAGGAUGAUGAGCUUGAAAUUGAGGAAACCGGAAAGGUAUAUGGACUUGAAGUAGUAGAAAAACCAAAUGACUUCAGUGUAAGCAAGGUUGAUCAACUUUUACAGCAGCUUCAAGGAAAAGUAUUAUCCUACAAGAUGUUUGCGCGUGAUACAAAAGCUGCAAGAAACGAAGGUCCACCUACAGAAUGUCUCAUGUACCAUGCACGGGCAGCCGAAAUUAGACUGGCCUGUUCUGAGUCUGUGGAAGGAAGAAGGGUGAUGUGCGUUGAGCUUGUUGCUAACAGAUUUCUCCGCAAGAUGGUUCGAGUACUUGUGGCAACAUCAAUCCGAGAAGCUGCUGCAGGUGCGGAAGACGAUGCAUUGUUAAAACUGCUAGAAGCUUCAUCCAGACGAGCCACGGCUCCUCCAGCUCCAUCCGAAGCUCUUUGCAAACACUUCUCCUUGGACCCUGAACCUUUUCUUGGCGGAGCUGCUGAGAAUGAUGUCAAGAAGCUGUAUUCUGAUGUUUUGAAGGCAUCUGGAAAGGAAAUGUCUGCACAAAACGAUGAGGUUUCGAAGUGGCUGGAUUUUUCGGAAGGUUUCCCUGCAAAUUCAAAGGAUUGCAUUGCAGCUCUUGAAAAGUUGAAUGUAGAGUUAGCUUCCAAGUCGGUUCUCUUGGGAAAAGGAUUGACGCCAUCGGCAGCUGAUGUUGCUGUGUUUUCAGCUUUGCAUUCUUCGGUGCUUGACCUCUCUGAUUCGGAAAAGACGAAAGUACCGCAUGUCAUAAGAUGGAUGGAUUACAUUCAGAAUAAAGAACAGUUGUCAACAUUAUUUGGACCAAUUCCUGUCAAGUUACCAGUGUUUGACUUUGAGGUACCAAAAAAUGUCAUUAAGAUGGAAGCAAAUCCUAAUCCAAAAAAAGCUGCAGAAAGUGUAAAGCCUGUUGACAAGUCAGAAGCGCAACCGAGCGCAAAGAAAACUGAGCCUGAGGAGCCAAAGAAAAAGGUUACAGUUGAGAAGGAUGCCAAAAAGGAAAAGAAGAAACCUGCUGAAACAGAACCAGCUAAGAAAGAGGCAGAGAUUAGUGUCAGUUUGCUAAAUAUUCAGGUCGGUCUAAUUCGCAAAGCAUGGAAGCACCCAUCGGCGGAUAGUUUGCUGGUGGAAGAAAUAGAUGUUGGGGAGGGUAAAGUGAGGCAAGUCGUAAGUGGCUUAGCAAAGUUCUGUAGUCCGGAUGAUCUAGCGAACCGCCCUGUUGUGCUUAUCACAAAUGUCAAACCUGGAAAGCUACGAGAUGUGAUGUCAGAAGGACUGGUUCUUUGUGCUUCAAAUGAAGAUCACUCAGUGGUAGAACCGUUGCUACCACCUGCUGGAGCUAAACCGGGAGAGCGUGUUUCAUUUUCAGGGAUCGAAGGAAAGCCAGAAGAUGUGCUGAACCCGAAAAAGAAGCAACUAGAGAAGAUAACACCGCAUCUCUACACUGAUGAAAAUGGCGUAGCCACAUACAAAGGCACACCAUUCAUGACCUCGGCUGGACCUUGCACUUCCACCAUCCCCAAGGCUACCAUCAAGUAG